AUGAAAGUCUUAUUGUUGUUUUCCUUGGCUUUUUUCUAUGGCUUAGGGAUUGCAGGUAAACCCACCACGUUGCAAUAUUAUAGUGUGGGAUACCAGACGUUCUAUGCUUGCGGAUAUUACAUUGUUCUAAACGUUCAAUAUAGCACCACUCCAUAUGACUACUCAGUCUUUUGCACCAAUCCAGAAGCGAUGGCUACAUUGGUAGGUUGCUAUGCAGACGAAAAUAAGAACAACGCUGCAGACACUGCAUUCUGGCGCGAGAAGUGUGAAUCGAUUUACCUUAGUCCUAUCACCUACGAGAAUAUAACAGACGCUUACCAGUACCUUCUUGAAAGCGGCGUUCCUUUGGCGGAAGUGGGAAACUAUACUGCUGGAAACCUCGAUGUCCCUGUGAUUAUUCCUGAGGAGGAUGCAAUAGCUGCAAUGGAUUCUUACGGAAUGUUUCUUGGUAAUUAUAACCACUCUGUUUACUAUGGCGCUGGAUCUUUGGCAUAUUGGGGAUUGGUAUGUUUGCUCUCAGGAAUUGCAAACUGGAGCUUGGUUAUCUUUCCCAAUCUUCGGCUUGCAGUCGAUGGAAAAGUGUCCAGAUUAUGGCGCAAAUAUGUUACAUUGCCAGCUCUCGUGAGAAAGAAAAAGACCACAAGUCAGCCGUUUCUCAAGGUUCUAUCAUUUAUUGUUCCAUCGCGUUUCGAAUCACUCGUGAUCUUCGGAUUCUUCUGGAUUCUAUUCAUCUUAAAUGCCGUUGAGAUCUACGCAGUAAAGAAUGAAGCUCUUUUUGAUCUGCAGGUAGCAGCGUUCAACAGGUAUGUUGCAGACAGAACUGGUAUUGUUUGUAUCAUAGUCUUGCCUCUCUUGAUUUUGUUCGGAGGCCGGAACAAUUUCUUGAUGUGGAUCACACGAUGGAAGUUCUCAACAUUUAUUACCUAUCAUAGAUGGAUUGCAAGGUUUGUGGUUCUUUUGGCGUUUGUCCAUGGUUUAUGCUUUUGGAGAACUUUUGCCCUCGCUGGAGAUACUGCAGAAGAGUCGGCGGAAACUUACGUAAUUUGGGGCAUUGUGGCUUUCUGUUGUGGCAUCAUCAUAUGUUUUCAAGGUCUUCUUUAUUUAAGAAGAUUGUGGUAUGAAUUCUUUUUGGUGUUCCACAUUAUUUUGGCAGCUUUUUUUGUCAUUGGUACUUGGUACCACAUCUAUGAGCUUGGGUACUCCCAAUUCAUGUACGCGACCUUUGCCGUUUGGGCAUUCGACAGAAUUAUAAGACUCGUCAGAGUGCUAUACUUUGGAUUCCCAGAAGCUGAGGUUUCAUUAUUUUCAGAUGACACGAUCAAGGUUGAUGUUCCCAAACCCGCUCACUGGAAGGGUAUCCCGGGAGGACAUGCAUAUUUGUAUUUCAUGCAUUCGUACCACUUUUGGCAGUCCCAUCCUUUCACAUAUAAUGAGCUGGAGUCCCACGUUACGUUUUUCUGCAAGCUGAAAGAUGGCGUCACGAAAGCACUUUAUGAACAUUUGAGUAAUUUGCCGGGCAAAACCACGCAAAUGAGAGUCAGCGUGGAGGGUCCUUAUGGCGAGUCUCACCCAGUAAAGCAUCACAGUGAUGUGGUAUUUGUUGCUGGUGGAAAUGGCCUUCCUGGCCUUUACUCUGAAUUCGAACAUUUGAAUAAAGCAGCAGAUGGCAAGCAAAAAUUGAAGUUGAAGUGGAUCAUCCGGGAGAUCAAGUCUUUUGCGUGGAUGUGGAAAGAGUUUCAAAGAUACAGAAACACUAACGCAGAGAUUACCAUCUUUGUCACUUGUCCUCAGUUGGCAGGAGAUACUGAGGAGUUUGAGUCGUUUUUGAAUGGAGAUGCGAGUUUUUCAGAUGAAAACAAGGAAGAAAAGGAAAGCAGCUCAGAUGUUCUUGCGCAGCUUAGACGAGAAUUCCCAUAUAUUUCUUUUGUGGAGGGCCGUCCUGAAAUAAAACAAAUUAUUGAGCAAGAUAUCAAAGAAGCAGGAAACAGUGUGGCUUUUAUCGUAUGCGGUGCUCCUCUCAUGGUCGACGAAACAAGAUACCAAGUGGUGAAGCAUAUUGAUCAGACUAGUAAACGUGUUGAUUUCUAUGAGGCCUUGGAGGUCUGGGCAUGA